CGAUAUUAAAUGAAGUGUCCCACGAUGCUGGCGAAUGUCUUUUUGUGCUUGUUUCUUUCAACUGCGCUGGGAGACUUAAUCGUAACCAUACCAGAUGGACAGCUGCAAGGCAAGGAGCGUAAAACCGACCAGAAUACUCCAUUCUACGCCUUCAAGGGAAUUCCUUACGCGGCUCCUCCAAUAGGCAGUCUUAGAUUUCAGAGUCCUCAACCCCCUCAGCCAUGGAGUGGUGUCAGGGAUGCCACAAAUUAUCAGAGUUCCUGUCUCGAAUUCGUUCAUUAUUCAGAUGAUCCAAAUCCAGGUCCGAUGAGCGAAGAUUGUUUGUAUCUCAACGUUUACACUCCCACAACAGAUGUUGCAGCAAACUUACCAGUCAUGGUGUGGUUUUAUGGUGGAUCGUUUUUGACCGGAAGUGGUAUAUACGACUAUUUCGGCCCGGAUUACUUGUUGGACAAUGAAGUCAUUGUCGUAACUCUCAACUACAGGCUUGGUCCAUUAGGUUUCCUGUCUACCGGAGACAAUACCAUUCUAGGAAACGCUGGUUUGAAAGAUCAGCUCAUGGCUUUGAAGUGGACCCGGGAUAAUAUUCACCAAUUUGGUGGCGACCCUAAUAAAGUUACGAUUUUCGGAGAAAGCGCGGGAGGGAUAUCAGUGGGCCUUCAUCUUCUAAGCAAGCAAUCUGCAGGUCUCUUUAGGGCAGCGAUUUGUCAGAGCGGGUGUUCUUUGACUGCCCUGCUUUUUCAAGAAGAUCCCUUAGCUCACGCUGUCGAUCUGGCCAAGGCGUUCAACCCCAGCAUCACAGUGCAAACUCCAACAGCAGAGAUUCGUGAUCUUUUGCAAAGUCAGUCAGCUGACAGUAUCGUCAAUGCCUUCAAGCAGAUGUCUGACCAGGGUUGGGUAGGAACAGUACUGGAAGCCACAGACCAAGAAGCAUUUGUAACUGAAGCAAAUUAUGGUCUGGUUCAGUCGGGAAAUAUCAACCAGGUACCACUGAUAUUGGGGACAACUUCGGAAGAGUCGCUGGGAUUUCUUGGCAGUUUGGAUAAUACGAUUUAUUGGUCCCAAGUUUACGAUCAAGAUUCGUCGACUUUGGUACCAGCCCAUUUAAAUCCCGUCGAUGGAGCCGAUACGAAGGCGAUAGGACAGUUGAUAAAAAAUGCCUACGUUGGGGAAAAUGGUAGAUUUUCCGACAACUUAGGAUCAGCUCUAGAGUAUUAUAGCGACAACGUAUUCCUGAGAAGUACCCUCAAGCAAGCAGAACUCCAGUCUAGUUACACGUCCGUAUACUUAUACCAAUUUUCCUUCUUUGGGACGAGGAGCAAAAACCGAUUCAGCGUGCAGGGUUCGGGCAAAGUUGGUCACGCUGAUGACGUUUCGUACCUCUUUAAGGUCUCUACUUACCCUCUCGAAACGGAUGCCGAUUUCCUGACACGGACGAGAAUUUGCAAGCUGUGGACGAACUUUGCAAAGACUUUGAAUCCCACACCCGAAUCGGAUGAUUUGCUGCAAAACCUCACCUGGCCUGAAGUCGCCGCAGCUGACGUGAAAUAUUUCGACAUCGACGAUGUUUUGGAAGUCAAAAGUAACCGAAAAAGUAACGAGAUGAUAGUUUGGACAAACAUUUACGACACGUACGCCAAACGUCCGAUUGUUACUUAUUAAAUGCGAUUUUUCCUUUGAAUACAAAUUUACAACGGUUUUGGUUUUUACAGUAUUAAAAAAAUUACG